CGCAUAUAUGAAUAAUAAUUAUCACAAUAAUAUAUGAUUCCGCGAUGAUGUCGUUUGUUUUAUGAAAUAAUAUAAUAUAGCGUUUAUCGUUGAGUUUACUGGCAGCGAACAACACUUUGGCAUUUUUUUAUACGAUUUUCAGAUUAUGUCGGGUAGUUUAUAGACUAUAAAGUAUGAACGUCCGGGCUAUGCUAUAAAUUUCAUAUCGUAUACAUUAUUUGUAUUUAAGUAUAACUAUGAGUAUUAUAAACGAUUUGAUUUAGAAUACAGAUCUUAUCGUUAAUAUGAAUGGUUUUAAAUCGAUUUUCCCUCCACUAUAACCUCCCUGACAGCAAACAUUCAUCCCAUAAAAUAUAUCCAUCAUAUAAUAUAAGGCUGUAUAAUAUAGUAUUGUUAUAAGAAUAUUAUAAAAGAAAUACAUACCACCCGUAUGCACGAUGUCACGCACAAUAAUAAAACAACCAUAUCAGUAUAUCACGGUAAAUAGAAAAAUAAGAUAUUAUCUAUACACGAAUAAAUUUUAAAACUAUUGAUCAAAUAUCGUGUUUGUAUUGUAUCGUAAUUUUUGAACUAAGCGAUUUUCCAGAUCGUAUCUUAGCAUUUUUCCAUAGUAUCCUCCGUAUGUUAGAUUCCGAUAUGUUCAUAUCACACUCGACAAAAAUUGCGCAACCACACAAAUUUUAAAUAUAUACUUACUUCAUUAAAUGUAUAGAAAUUAAAAUUUAUUUUACCGUUCGCGUUUUUAAUACAUAUUAUUAUAUUAUACGAUUUAACAAAGGCUAUGCUUGUAUAAACUACGAUUUUAUAAUGUUUUUUUUAGCUUUACGUAUUAGUGGUUUGACGUGUGGACCGGGAGAGAAGUGAAAAUAUAAGAUAACAAAACCGUUAUUGGAACGAAAGCGACGUGCUCGCAUCAAUCGGUGUUUAGACGAAUUGAAGGAUCUAAUGUUUUCUGCCUUAGAGGCUGAAGGUGAAAAUGUUGAUAAACUCGAAAAGGCAGACAUUUUGGAAUUUACCGUUAAACAUCUGCAAAAGAUUACUAGGAGAGAUCCUGUAGAAGAAGCUUAUAAAUUUCAAGAAGGAUUCAGCCACUGCGCCAGCGAAGCGUGCAGUUUCCUGUUGUCGCUGCCCGGCCUGGACUCGGUGGUCGGCCGACGGUUGGUCGAGUACCUGGCCAAAUCGGUGUCGCGCGCGCUCGAAUCCCAACUGCCGGCCGCCGCAGCAGCCGCCACCGCAGCCGCGGCCGCGGCGAUGGCCGCCACCGACAAGCGACAGAUCGCCCCCGCGGCAGCGUCCGACGACCGGACGCCGCCGACCAGGGCGCCCGACAACACGCCGCCGACGCCCCCGCCGUCGGCCUCGACCGUGUUCGCGCCUCCGUGCCAGACCGGAAACGCCGCGGAAGCCGUCCACUUUGCCGCCAUCGCCGCCGCCUCCCCGACGACGCUCAAGCCCGUCGCUCUGAACGCGUCGAACCGGGGCCCGCCGCACACGGUCGUCAGGCCGAAACCCACCAGGCCCGCGUUCGGCCGGUCGCCGCCUACUCUGCAGCAAGACGCCGCCGCCGCCGCUGCCCUUCGCGAUCCCAUGUGGCGGCCGUGGUGAGGGGGACGACUUUGAGCAGGAAGAACGCAAAGCCAGCUGUUAACCUAUAUAUAUUUUAAUGUUACGAUAUUUUAAACUGUUUUCUGUAAGUCGCGUACACGGGAGGGAGGCGAAUAGCAUCGUGUUCGUGUGUAGUCGAACAUUUAUUUGUAUGUUUUUUUUUUUUUUUUUUUUAAGUUUGGGUGGGAAACGGGUUCCUACCUACGCGUCAGAGUCGCAACGAAGCGAGUUCAGUGAUUUUUGGUUUAUUUUUGACUAAGUAUAAUUGUUUCGUGUUUUUCAACAAUCGCAAAUUUAUUAUUUUAAUACGUUGCAUAGCGAGUUUGCCUCAGCAACUAUUUUCGGGUAUACUCGAUUACACAAACUUUUUUGAUUUUAGAAUUUUUUUUCUGGGGGGGGGGGGGGAGCAGAUAGAAUUUGUUAUAAGUACGAAGUGUAUGUCAUCGUUUGAUUUGGCGCGAUAUCACUCGCGGUAAUUUAUUAUGUUUUCAGCUUUUGUAAAUAUAAACAUUAUUUAUUAUUAUUA